AUGGCUGAAUUGCAAAUAGGAAUAUUGGUAAUGUAGCAAUUAUGAGGCUAGAAAAAAAAACUAAAACUUCAGCAUCCUAAAAACUAUCAAAAUGAUUGAAUUAAUGAAGUUGAAUUCCACUCAGGAAAACCUCGCCCGUUUUAAUUACUCGCGGCUUUGAGUGGCUGACUUAAAAAUAAACAUAAUUGGAAAAAUAUGGCCAUUUCUAAACCAAACGUUAGGCGAGAAAACAUCGUAGAUUUUUUUCUUAUUAGAAUGUCGUCAAUUUGUUAUAAUAACUCGUGCUGUCAGACACAACUCAGCUGCUGGGAUCAGUUAAAAAGCCCAAGUGACUCUCGAGUGGAAGGUAUCUGUUACAUGCUCUUGACAUACCCAACGACAGGUAGCAAUUCAAACCUUGCAACUCAGUAUGAAGCAGUGAAACUUGUCUAGGCAGGGAUCAUUGCUCGCUUUCGAUACAGAAAUCAAACAAAAGAGAAGGGAAACUCUGUUGGGUCUCAAAAUCUACAUGGUAAUAACACUAAUAUUUCUUAAAAUGUUUUAAUCUUUCCGGGACUUUCAUCAAGCGGAUGAUACACAAACAAAGGAAGCAAAGAGGUGAGAACGAAACCUGGAAUAAUAUCACAAUACACAACUGGUUGAAAUUUCAGAACUAUCACUUAGCUUGCCGAUAUCGCCAAAAGUUACUGCUAGCUGCUGACUGCCAAGCAACCGUGUUUUAGAUUUGAGAAAAAGACGGGCACUAUAACGAACGAAAAGAUGACAGAAGGACCCAGAUCAAACAAUAACACCCCCAAUGAUUCCGAAUCAGGUAGCGGUGAAAAUUAUGGAGACGAAGAAAUCGGAGCUUUCGAUGCGGAAUUCGACACGUUUCCAAUCGUUCUGGCCAUAUUUAUCAUCGCCGUCAACUUAACUGUCAUAAUUUUAUUCAUUCGCCAUCGCACACUCCGGUCUGUCACCAACUCAUUUCUUGUGAGCCUAGCUGGCAGUGACCUACUCGCAGGAUUGUGUGGAAUUCCUGCUACACUUUAUUGUUCAGCUACUCACAGCUUCACAACCUGUGCUAUCUCAAAUCUAACAUGGCGAUUCAUUUCUGUCUCUACCGUAGUGCAUAUUCUACUGGUGUCUGUGGACCGCUACAUCGCCAUAACGCACGCCAUGCGCUAUCAUAACAUCGUAACACGGCGCGCGUUCUUCGCGCUCAUAAGCUUGGCGUGGUUUAUGGCUGCGUUUGUUUCUCUGAUACAACUAUCUUGGCAGGUAGGUCGGAGCGAGGAAGCAGCCGAAACCGCCGAAAAAUUUCAGAAAACUUAUGACCUCGCUACUUUUGUGCUAUUUUUUGUGAUACCACUGUUGGUGAUGGCCUAUAUAUACAUUCGCAUUUUCAGUACGGUUCGGUACCACGAGAAACGGAUAUGGCGAUUUCACAGCCCUUCUGAUCAGCAUUUUUCCGCCAAAGGAAAAGAAGAAUCGCAUAACUAUGCACAGCGCAAAACUGUCACCAUUUUCCUGGCGAUGCUUGUCAUAUUUACCGUCUGUUGGCUGCCAUAUUUUAUUUUGAGUUUUCAGGAGCUGAACGCCCAGCAAACAUUUGAUCCACCAGCAUGGGUGCUGUAUGUGUUUUAUUACUACCCUCGAUAUUUUACUUCGUUUUUAAACCCCCUUAUGUACAUUUUUAGAAAAAGAGACUUCAAAGAACUAUUACCCCGUUUGAUUUGCAAGGAUGGAAAAGCAAGAUGCGAAAGCCGAGCGAAUACAACACCCACAACUAUCUAUAGCAAUGAACAGUGUACCACUAAUUGUUGA